AUGUCGGCCGAGGUGUUCGAGGAGAGCGACGGGUCAUUGAGGAACGUGCACGCGGCUGUGGCACGAGGCAGGCAGAUGCGCUGUGAGCUGUGCCGCCGUCCCGGUGCCACGGUCGGCUGCUGCCUGUCGUCCUGUGUGGCCAAUUAUCACUUUAUGUGCGCGAGGAGACGACACGCGGCGUUUCAGAGCGACAAGAAGGUGUUCUGCCAGAGACACAUACAGCUACUGGAUGGGACUUCCCUGGUUGAAGGUUCCGGUUUCUCGGUUCUUCGCCGCGUGUUUGUGGAUUUUGCGGGGAUGAAUUUCAAGAGGAAAUUCCUGGGAGGGCUGGAACCCAGCGCCGUGCACAUCAUGAUCGGCUCCAUCCGCAUUGACAGCCUGGGGGCGCUGACGGAGCUGUCGGAGUGUGACGGGCGGCUCUACCCCGUGGGCUACCAGUGCCGCCGUCUGUACUGGAGCACUCGUGACGCGCGGCGCCGCUGCUGGUAUCGCUGCCGCAUCGUGGAGCAUCGACCCGAGAACGGAACCGAGAACGGAACCGAACCCAGGGAACCGCCCGAGGACAACAGGACCAUCGUGCACGGAACCAACGGUGAGCAGCGGAACCGGGACCUAGAACCCAUAGGGUACCACAGGGCACCCAGAACCCAAAUGUCUCCUAUAUCCCAUAGGACACCCAAUCCCAUAGGGCACCUAGAACACAUAGGGAAUCUAGAACACAUAGGACAUCUAGAACCCAAAUGUCUCCUAGAACCCAUAGGGCACCCAAUCCCAUAGGGCACCUAGAACACA